GUCUGGGCGUACGAAGCUAUUCCGGGAUUGGGUGCUAGUAUUGGUCUACCCAGAGCAAACAGUCCGUCUCCACCGAUUCUGGCUUACGACGGCAGCAGAGGCCGCAGAUUCAUGAAAGCUGCUAUCUUGAGUCAGACCCGCGUGAUCAACUUUGUUGAGAAGGACAUUAGUGAAAUGUGGCCAAAAUGGGACUCUGAGGUUGAUGACGUGCCCGCGGAGAACAUCAUUAAAGUGAUGUAUGAUCGGAGACCGUGGAAGUGGACCAUGGAUUGCUGGGAAGUCACUGGUACAAAACCCAAGUUUGUGACUCCAUCGAAAAGAGCCAAAGAGAUGGUUGUGGAGGAGGUGGAGGAAGACAAUCAGAGACCUCGGAAGAAAGCUCGUAAAGAGGCUCCUAAAGAGGCUCCUAAAGAGGCUAGAGAAGAGGCUCCUACAGAGGCUACAGAAGAGGCUACAGAAGAGGCUAGAGAAGAGGCUAGUUGGGUGACCAGAGAGGAGUUAGAAAACAUGUUCAAGGACUUAGGUGACAUGAUGAAAGAGGGGUUUAAGAAGUGCAUCAGGGAGAUUAGGAAGAUCUCCGAUAGAUUGGAAGCUGUGGAGAAGAAGGUUGGUGUCACCAAUCAGGCUACCCCUCAAGCCCCAGAAACCGGGGUUAGUAAAAAACACCCUACCCCACAAGCCCCAGAAACCGGGGCUAGUAACAAACAGACUACUCCUCAAAAGGAUCAGCCUCCACUUCAAACCAAUCAUCCUACUCCUCCCACCAGACAGCCUGCUCCUCAAAAGGCAAAGCCUACUCCUCAAAAGGCGAAACAGCCUGCUCCUCAAACUAAACAGCCUGCUCCUCAAACUAAACAGCCUGCUCCUCAAACGAAACAGCCUGCUCCUCAAACUAAACAGCCUGCUCCUCAGACGAAACAGCCUGCUCCUCAAACGAAAAAGCCUUCUCCACAAAAGAAACAGCCUUCUCCUCUGCCCAAAGAGGUUAAUAUCAAAUCUUUAAGUCGUCUGGUCUUUGUAUAGAUUUGUAAAUAUAUAAGUCGUCUGGAAGGU